AUGAAGAAAGGAGAGGGAGGUGGAUAUGUCAAAAAGUUGGAAAUUCACUCAAUAGGAAGGAACAGAAAUGAGAAGGGACCAACAACCUCGGAACAUAGGGUGUGUCAUUCCUAUCACCAUCAUCGGAACAAGCAAAACUGUCGUAGUAGUAAUGGUGGUAGUGGUUGUGGUAGCGGUGACGGUCUACCCUAUCCCCCCACAAGCUCCGCAUCACCAACACCAUCACCAUCACCACAACAACCCCUUCUCUUCGCUAACAUCUACUCAGCACUUCACAACACUCCCACAAUUGGUGGUACAUAUGAUGAGGAAAGAUGA